AUGGAUAAGCCAGAGACCAACCAGCAGCCUGAAGCUCAAGGCAGUCAAGAAAAGAAAGAACCUCAACUGCGAAGUGUGGAGGAAUAUCAGAGAUAUUGGGAUCAAAUCCUCCAGAAUACCGCGGAUCAAAUCCAGAAGAUCCGAGAAAAGGAACAAGCGGCAGAGCGGUCUAACGAAGACUCGCAACAAUGA